AUGGCCACAGCCACAGCCAGUCCAUGGGGCGACGAGUCUGCAGCCUCGCACUUCAGCAAGUUCGCUCUGCGCACCGAGAACACCGAGGAGUGGUGCAAGCAGCCGCCCGCGCUUGUAAAUGCCGCCGAUCCGCGCUUCCCCGAUAGCGCUGUUGAUCUCUCCGACAUCUGCGGCGACUCCGACUCCAACAGCGUCGCGAACCUUUCCGACAUCUGCGGCUUUAACGACCUCAACUCGCCGCGCUCCGCCGUCUCUUCCCCCAGAAGCGGCCUCGGCAGCCCGGCGACCUCCCAGCCCAACUCCGCGAACAACUCGGGGGCGCUCUCGAUAAUCUCCGAUACCCCCUCGAACACGUCAUCGGGUAACAGUCGCCCGUCCACCGGCCGCGUGUCGCUCGCGCAGCAGCUUCUGCAGCAGCAGAUGGGCGGCAACGCGCGAUUCACGUCGAUUAAUCCGGGGAGCAAGGGCACCAACGUGGCGUCUCUAGCGGGAAUCAGCGACUACGGCAGCUACACCGGAUCGCCCGUGACGCCGCUCAUGCCGAGCUUCAGCUGCGCGUCGUCUGAGGCGUCGGGCCAAUCACCGGCGAAUCGCGCGUGGCGACAAUCGAGCGACCCUCGCGCGGUGUCGCAGCAGACGGCGACGAUGAGGGAAUCGUCGCUUCGCGAGAAACUCCUGCGAGCGAGCAGCGCGGCAGCCUCCGAAACCUCAUCGCAAAGCUCCUGGCACGAGCAACAAUCUCAAGCCGCGUCCGCCUAUUCCGCCCGCGAGUCCGCUUCGGCGGGCGACGACUAUUAUUGCGAGCCGGAGGAGAACGAGCAGGGCGAGCUCGACUUCUCGGACAUUAAAUCCGUCUGCCUUAACUUCGACGAGGCACAGCAGCAAUCCGAGGAAAUGGAGUUCCAACGCGCGCGCCUCGAGACCGUCGACAUCGUUCCCCUCGCGUCCGGACCGCGAAAUAGAUUUAUGUCGGCGGCAGCUGUCAGCAUGCCCGAACACGUUCUCUUCGCGCUCACAUUCUCCAAUUCCCCCGCGCUUCGCCUGCCCGGAGACGAAUCUAUUCAGAAGUUAUUCCCGCUUAACAUGCAGCAGCGCGCGGCGCAGGACAAACCGCAGGGCCCCGCGCACACACACGGCUCCGCUUUCGGCGGGAACGGAGGCGCGAAGCGGAAUGAAUUUUUCCCCAGCUACUUGAGAAGCGGCGCAGGUGCCGCCGCGGCAUGCGGCAUUCCGAGCUACGGCAGCUACGCUUGA